GCGAGCCCGAGAGCGUCCAAUGCAGCGCAGAAAAGAUAUAUUACUCCAACGGAACGAAGGAAACAUGCGGGAGCUGUAAGGGCGGAAGUUCUCUCCUGCCCUCUCGUGAUGUCACUUCCUGGUCCUGAUCACGAAGGGAACAUACAUAGACCCAUCCAUUCUGUGACUCUGCGAAAGAGAGAAAUCUCCUCCCACCCGUCAGCUGCGGGAGAUGGAGCCGGAGGGGGGGCGAGGGUAUGUCGCCCCAGUGACGUUUGAGGAGGUGGCCGUGUAUUUCUCCGAGGAGGAAUGGAAAUGUCUGGACGGGUGGCAGCGACAGCUCUACAGAGAGGUCAUGAUGGAGAACUUCCAUCUGGUGACAUCAGUGGGUCUCCUCAUAAAAACCAUAAAGUGGUCAGACCUGGAAUCAAAACAGAUAUCACAAUCACUGAAGAGAGAAAAGUUACCUCAGAAAUCCUAUGACGAUAAACCUGUGUUGAAUAUUGUUAUAAAAGAAGAGGAAGAGGACAAUGUAGCGUCUCUCCCGCCAUCUGUCUUGAAGGAGUACAGCUAUAUUGGCACGGAUUUCCGGGUCACAUCCGAUGCCCGUUUGUCAUCUCACCACAUCAUCCAUCCUGUGGCACAUGAUUCCCAGCAAGUGUCACAAAUAUCUGUGGAAAGACCAUACUCAUGUUCAGACUGUCAUCGGAGCUUCAUUCGCAAGUCACACCUGACCAGCCACCAGCGUACGCACCGCGGAGAACGUCCAUACCCCUGUGAGGUGUGUGGCAAGAGAUUCCACUACCGCCACCACCUGGUUGGUCACAAGCGAAUACAUACUGGAGAAAAGCUCUUCUCCUGUGAACACUGCGGUAUCAAAUUUAACCAUAAAGGAAACUACCAGACUCAUCAGCGUUUGCACACUGGGGAGCGACCGUUCUCUUGUGAACGUUGUGGUAAAAGCUUUAACCGCAAGGCUGAUCUGAUCACACACUGCCGCGUACACACUGGAGAAAGGCCUUUUACUUGUUCUGACUGCGGCAAGAGCUUCAGCCGUAAACAGCACCUGGUCACUCAUCGACGUAGGCACACUGGCGAGACUCCAUUUCCUUGUGACCAAUGUCAGCAAAGUUUUGCCCAGCGCAAGGCGUUGCUGAGGCACCAGGAAUUGGUUCACAGUGCAGAGCGACCAUACAGCUGUCCCGAGUGCGGGAAAGGAUUUGCAUGUCGCUCCCAUCUACUGACUCAUCAGCGUGCUCACCAAAAUGGCGGUGGUAGCUGCGGGAUUGGGGGAAAACCAUUCUCCUGUGACCAGUGCCGGAAAAGCUUUGUGGCACAGCCUCACCUGCAGGCCCAUCAGAAAAUUCACAGUGGGGUCCCAGGUGAGAGACCCUAUACUUGCACUGUCUGUGGGAAAGGAUUUAAAAGCAGACAAUUCUUGAGCCGGCACCAAAAAAUACACACUGGGGAACGCCCUUUUCGAUGCAACGUGUGUGGGGACAGUUUCAUUCAGAAGCCCAACCUAGAGCGGCAUAAAGGCAUCCACAGCGGCCAUCGACCUUUCCCCUGUCUGGUGUGUGGCGGCAGCUUCUACAAAAAACACAACCUUGUGCGACACCAGCGCAUACACACUGGAGAGAGGCUGCAUUUCAGCUGCAAAGUAUCCCAGCCAGUAAAACAACCCAUAGUGGUGUCUGAGGGGGCAGGUGAGGGGUGUCCAAAUGACGCACAGCCAGCUGAAAACCCGUGCAAGAAUGUCUGCUGUAAUCGUACGCGCACGGAGAAGUGAGGGACUGACAGGUUCUGGAGGCUACACAGCUGGCGAAAUGCGUGCCAUGAAACCAGUAACAGACAAAGCUGGUAAUAAGCCAAAAAGACUGUUACAUGAUGUGAGGAUUGAACUGGACAGAGGACAGUGCUCGUAUAUUGAUUAUAAUGGGAAAGACCAGAACAACAUACAAUAUAUUUGGUCAUGUGACAAAUUGUAAAGGAGAUAAGAUCUGUCUUCUCAUAGAAGCAGUGUGGUGUAUACGGGGAGAGACGGGCUGGCACAGUGUGGUGUAUAUGGGGAGAGACGGGCUGUCACAGUGUGGUGUAUAUGGGGAGAGACGGGCUGGCAGUGUGGUGUAUAUGGGGAGAGACGGGCUGGCACAGUGUGGUGUAUAUGGGGAGAGACGGGCUGGCACAGUGUGGUGUAUAUGGGGAGAGACGGGCUGGCACAGUGGUGUAUAUGGGGAGAGACGGGCUGGCACAGUGUGGUGUAUAUGGGGAGAGACGGCCUGGCACAGUGUGGUGUAUAUGGGGAGAGACGGGCUGGCACAGUGUGGUGUAUAUGGGGAGAGACGGCCUGGCACAGUGUGGUGUAUAUGGGGAGAGACGGGCUGGCACAGUGUGGUGUAUAUGGGGAGAGACGGGCUGGCACAGUGAGGUGUAUAUGGAGAGAGACGGGCUGGCACAGUGUGGUGUAUAUGGGGAGAGACGGGCUGUCACAGUGUGGUGUAUAUGGGGAGAGACGGGCUGGCAGUGUGGUGUAUAUGGGGAGAGAUGGGCUGGCACAGUGUGGUGUAUAUGGGGAGAGACGGGCUGGCACAGUGUGGUGUAUAUGGGGAGAGACGGGCUGGCACAGUGGUGUAUAUGGGGAGAGACGGGCUGGCACAGUGUGGUGUAUAUGGGGAGAGACGGCCUGGCACAGUGUGGUGUAUAUGGAGAGAGACGGGCUGGCACAGUGUGGUGUAUAUGGGGAGAGACGGCCUGGCACAGUGUGGUGUAUAUGGGGAGAGACGGGCUGGCACAGUGUGGUGUAUAUGGGGAGAGACGGGCUGGCACAGUGAGGUGUAUAUGGAGAGAGACGGGCUGGCACAGUGUGGUGUAUAUGGGGAGAGACGGGCUGGCACAGUGUGGUGUAUAUGGGGAGAGACGGGCUGGCACAGUGUGGUGUA